GCAAUCUAGAGUGCUUGUUGCAGCCUCCUCCCUCCAGGGCUCCAGGCUAGGACUCCUCUAGUCUUCGACCGAUCAGACAAAGGCCUUCGGGUACCUUGACAGCUGCUCUGCGAUCCGCGGCUCGGUCUGUCUCUCAAUUUUGGCGUUCCGUAUCCCAUUCCACCGGAGGAACAAGACAUCAAUUUUGGCGCGAUACAAUUCUGGCCCAACCUAGAAGAUGGAGAGGAGAGCGACGAGGGGAAGCACAGCCCACCACAGGCGAAUGCAGACACCGGAGCUGGUGCCGUUCACGGAGCGGAGGCAGAAUCAGCAGCUUAGCGGGGGGACGAGAUGCCAGAGAACGCCGCCGGCGCCGGGCAGCUUCACCAUCCAGCUGCUCAUGGUCUUCCUCUGGGCGGCCGCCUCGCUCGCCUUCCUGCCGCUCGUGCUGCCGCCGCUGCCCCCGCCACCGCUCUCGCUGCUGCUCCUGCCCGUCUGCCUGCUCGCCGCCCUCGCCGCGCUAGCGUUCGUUCCGCUCGACGCCCACAACAACGUCGUCGGCUCCUCUUGUUUGUAGAAGAGAGACUCUGCAUUUUCCCCAUUCAUAGCUUUUAGCUGUUCCUAGUCUUCUAGAUCUAGCGUACAGCGGUAUAGAUACACAUUAUAGUUUUUAAAUUAUUAGAUUAAUUAAUUGAGGGGCCCUUUUUUGGUUUU